UGCAACAAAUGUUGGAGAUAUAAAGAAUGAAAGUUUCUCAGGUAUCAAAGAAGAAGAGCUACAACUUCAACUAGAAUACAAAGACAGUGACUCUGAACAAAGGAAAGAAAAAGUAUUUGAAACAGUGGCGUACAGCCACACUGGUGAGUCUCACUUCAAACCUCCGGCUCACCAAACAUUUGAAGAAAAUCCUGUUUCUCAUGGCCAACCUGGAGAAACAGAGCAUCAGCUACACCCCAGGUAUGUCCCUGCAAUACCAUCCACUUCUCCCAAACAUGAUGUGAUGUCAGAAACAGAAUCUGGUAGGAGGAAAAGAAAAAUGGGAUCGCACCGGAAGUCACGUGGAUACCAAAACAAUGAAAACCAAGCUGCAGGAGGGGACAGAACCACAGAUACAUAUGGGAGAGAUGCCGGAAGUAUCACAGAUGAAAGUGCCGUCAAGACCAAUGAAGAAGAAUCUUUGGGCCUGGACAAAAUAUCAGAGGUCUCUAAAAGUUACGAGAAAGCAUCACCCAGCACCUCAAAGGCAGGAGAGCACUCAAGGGCUGUGAGUGAGAAGACGCUUGAACGAGUGACAGCAGUUCAACAUCCUUAUGCUGAAAUCCACCUUGCUCAAGAGAGUCAAAAUACGUUUUCUCUGGCAGGUAAUUCCGGGGGAGCAGAUCUCAGAUCAAACAGUUACAAUGUGGUGAUGGUUGGAGACAGCAGUGUGGGUAAAACCUCCUUCAUGAAAAGAGCUCAAAGUGGAAAGUUUUCUUUAGAUUUGCCUGCCUCUGUUGGACUUGAUUCCUGCAUGUGGACAGUGGUAGUGGAUGGAAAACCUGUGGUGCUACAGUUGUGGGAUACAGCAGGUCAAGAAAGGUUUCACAGCAUCACAAGACAGAUUUUCCAUAAAGCCCAGGCAUUUCUCUUGAUGUAUGACAUCAGUUCCUCUCAGAGUUUUUCUGCCAUCAGCUACUGGGCAAGCUGUAUUCAGGAAGGUGCUGCAGAAAACGUGACCAUUUUACUUCUUGGGAAUAAAAGUGAUCAUGCAGAACGUCAGGUUAAAACUCAGCAGGGGGAAAUUCUAGCUAAGGAGUACAACUUUGAAUUCAUGGAGUGCAGCGCUGCCACAGGUGAAAACGUGAUUCAGUCUUUGGAAACUAUGGCCAGAAUGUUGAGUCAAAAAGCUGACACAAGAGAGGAAGCAAUGGUGUUACACAAGGAGCCCCAACAGAAAAAAUCAUCAGGAUGUUGCUGAACAGAUGCGGGUUUAAAACUGGGACUCAAACCAUCUUUGGUUCUUUCAAUCUGUUUUAUUACAAAUUGUAUGAAUUUAUGCAAAUAUAUGUUAAA